CACCGCCUGCGCCGCCGGCCGGGCAUGGAGAAGAAAAGGUGCAAGCGCCGACGACGGAAACUUCGGGAAGACUCUUCCCCGGAGUCCGGCUCCGACUCCGGCUGCUCGCCGCCGUCCUCCCCGACCUCCGUGCGCCGCCUCCUCGAGCCCUACUCCAGGCCCCGCCUCCUCGCGCUCCUCGCGGACGCCGCGGCUGCCGGCGACCCCACGCUGCUCGCGCGCAUCCGCGCCGCCGCCGACGCGUCCCGCUCCCACCGCAGGCUCUUCGUCCACGGCUUGCCCCCGAGCGCCGAUGCCCCCGCGCUCGCCGGGGCGUUUUCCCGGUUCGGCCCCCUCGCCGAGUGCGACGUCGUCGCCCGCCGCGCCACGGGGGAGUGCAAGGGGUACGGCUUCGUGACGUUCCAGUCCCGCGCCGCCGCCCGCCGCGCGCUCCGCGGGGCGCCGUGCGUCGGCGGCCGCGCCGUCUCCGCGCAGUACGCCUCCGCCGGCACGGGCCCCUCCUCCUCCGGCGCCGCCGCGGGGAGGCGGGUGUACGUGACCAACGUCGCGGCGGACGCGAACGCGGAGCGGCUGCGCGACUUCUUCGCGCGGUUCGGGGAGCUCGAGGGCGGGCCGUUCGGCUUCGACGCCGAGACGGGCUCCUCCCGCGGGUACGCGCUCUUCGUGUACCGCGCGGCGGAGGGCGCCAGGAGGGCGCUCGAGGAGCCGUACCGCGUCUUCGAGGGGCGCACGCUGCACUGCCAGCUCGCCGCCGAGCCCACCAAGAAGAACAAGGGAUGCGCCCCGGCGCCGGCGCCAUCGCCGUCGCCAUCGACCGCUGUACCGCCACCACCGGUAGAGGCGCCGGCGCCGCUGCAGCCAGUUCUUGAUGCCGUCGUGGCCUCGGGCGUUGGUGACCUUGCAAUGUACGCGCAGAACCCAGCACAGGCGGCGGCAUUUCUCGGGAAGAACCCGAUUCUUGCAGCUGCCGUGCUGAAUUGUGCAUUGUCCUCCACGAAGGCUGCAGUGAGUCCAUGCCAAGCAGUUGCAUCUUCACCAGAUCCGGCAGCUGUCGUUGCCCGCAGUCCGGUGGCUGCUCCGGCAAAAAAGCCAUUACUUGUGGCUCCUCGGAGUCCAGCAGUUGCUGCAGCAGCAGGGGUGCCAUCUCCAGGGAAGAUUGGUGCUAGGAAUGGUGGUGCCGGAUUACUUGGGCCAUACAAGCCACCAUGCUCACCAGUGUUGGCUUCCUCCAGUGGAGGAAAGGAGCAAUGCUGAGAACAUCGCUCUUGGGUUCCUCAUGAUAUGGACAUGUGGAGGUAUGGCGCACCAAAUCUACGUCACUCUCAAGGCUCAAGUUGUUGCAUUUAGGUCUGUAAGCUUAUAGAAUGCUUGUCAGUAGAGGCUUGUCUUUGCUACCCUGAACUAUAGAUGCAAGCCCAGAUUGGGAAGUUUGUGAUCCUCUGUUGUCUUCAAGUUUUAGAAUUUUGUAGUGUUCAAAUAUCUUGAUGAAACCCAUACUGAGGAAGUUCCUUGUUCUUAUUCCUUAGGUUUUAUUAGCUCUCUCACUCAAGAGUUGUAACCAUUUGUGCUAACAUGUUCUCUCCACCAACUGAAUCCAAUCUACUCUAUGCAGCUGGUUUGGUUUCUAUUUUAUUAGACAGAAUA